UCUGUGGUAUCUGGGAUCAUCAUAGCAAGUCUCACAUCAGUAAAAGAGAUUGAAAGGGGCUGAGAAGAUGUUAAAUAGAGAGGCAGGAGAGGGGGUGUGUGAUCAGCUCUCGUUGAGAACCUAACAAGGCAGGAGGGAGAAGAGGGACUCGCGACACCACAGUGCAGCCGUGACAUGAAAGAGAGGCUGUGAAGAGGAGGGAAAAGACAAGGAUCUCCUUAUUCUUUCAAGCACCAUGAAAAUAACUAUCCAAAUCAUGUGCAUCUUUCUGUUGAUAACCUUGUAUGAGUGUGCAGUAAUCACGGGGGCCUGUGAAAGGGACCUCCAAUGUGGAGUUGGGACAUGCUGCGCCAUCAGCUUGUGGCUCCGGGGGCUCCGGAUGUGCACGCCAUUAGGGCAAGAGGGAGAUGAAUGCCACCCCAUCAGCCAUAAGGUCCCUUUCUUUGGAAAACGGCAACAUCAUACCUGUCCAUGUUUGCCAAACUUCAUAUGCUCCAAAUUCAUUGAUGGUCGAUACCGAUGUUCAAUAGACUUCAAGAGCAUGGACUUUUAAUGGAAAGGAAAGCUGCAUAGGCCUUCCUACCCUGCAGUGCAUAUUAAACACAUCCUUAUGUCCUUGACAUCCUAUGAGAACUAUUCAGUGUCCAUUUACACAAGCAUUGUCCAUUGACAUUAAUGGAGUCAGUGAUUCAUCAACACACAAGAAUUGUGCUAGCAAAUGAAUCAGGGGGGAUUUUAGAAUAUAAUUGAUUAACUGAAAUAAGUUUGGGGAAUUGCUGUUUGCACUCCAUCCUAAAAAGGCUGUUGAUCAGUUGGGCUUGUCUAGAGCAGCCUCUCCAACCCUACACAUGUUUCAGACGACAUCCCCCAUCA